UUUUUGUAUUUCACUAUUAUUAUUAUUUCUCUCUCUCUGCUCUGAGAAAGAGAGAGAGAGAGAGAGAGAGACAGAGAGAGAAAGGGUGUGUUCUUCAGAUCAGUUUAAUUAUAACUAGCAGGUUGCGUCUCUGCCUCUCUUUUUGUGUAGGGUUUGGACCGAAAAGACACUCUUGUUUUUGUGCAAGCUCUUGGUUUCAGACUCUCUUCUAAGUCCCCUUCGCCAUGGCCGAGCCAGAGAAGAAGCUCAAUCCCGAGCCAAAAGCCAACAACGACGAGGAGGAGCUGAACCAAGAGCCCAUAUCAAUCGACAAGCCCUCGGAGGAAGGAGGAGGAGGAGGAGGAGGAGGAGGAGGAGGAGGGGAGCUCAUGGGCUACCUCGACGUGUUCGUGCACCAGGCGCGCGACAUCCACAACAUCUGCAUCUACCACAAGCAGGACGUCUACGCCAAGCUCUCGCUCACCGCCGACUCCCCCGCCGCCGCCCUCUNGCCACCAAAGACUUACUCCCCCGUCCCCGUCCCCGCCCCCGCCGCUUUAGCCGUACUGAAGCCCCCCGCUCGGCUGCAUUCUCUCGCUCUCGACUUGCUUCGGCCGCCCUCUCACCUUCUCCAGCCUCCUCCUCUCCCCCUUAAGCCGCCGCUGAUUAAACGGCCGCCGCCGCCAGUCCUGCAGCCGCUCUCCCUACUCCCGCUUCGGCUCCUCGACCAGGACCUCCAUCAAGAACUGCGCCGACUCGUAGGUCUAAAGCGUCGCCUCCCUCCUCGGCCGCCGCCUCGCCUGCCGCUCCGCCAGAACAGCGUCGAUUCCGUUUCGGCUUUCCGGAACGAGACUCCUUUGAGCAGCGUCACGACUACGGACUCUCCUGUGGUUCCCCCUUCGACUCCUCAGUCUGCAGAUCCUCCGAGCGAGAAAGAGAAAGUUCAAGAAGCUACCGAAGGGCAGGCCGAAUCUUCUCCUAUCGGGAAGUCGCCGUCGUCGGAUUCCGUUGUAAAGCCGAUAGUUAGUAUAAACAUCGAACCGGAGGAGACGGUCGUGCAGCAAGACAUCGUCGAUAUGUACAUGAAGAGCAUGCAGCAGUUCACCGAGUCUCUCGCGAAGAUGAAACUUCCGAUGGAUACUGAGAACAAAAGCGGUCCCAAUAGUGAGAAUGGCGAGUCGAGCUCCGAGAAGCAGGUGGCGCCGUCGAAGGGGACCGGUCCGAAAGUCUUUUACGGCAGCAGGGCAUUCUUCUGAAAUUGUCGCUCGGUAUGGGAACUUCGCGCUAAGUAGUAGUGAGGAAGAGCAACUUUUUUAUGUGUGCUUGGUAGUUCUCUGAAGUAGUUCUUUAACUUGUAUUAGUCAUAGGCUUGAUGUCGAAAACUCUCACCUUACAUAAUCCUUUAUCUAAUGGAGUUGUAACUGGUUUCGAGACCUUGCUUUCGCUCCUAUAUAUAUGUUUGAAUUUUGAUGAGAUAUAUAUCUGCUCUCUACAUCA